GGUUACAAUCCCCUUACUUUCGUCUCCCAGGCAGGAUUAGACCAAUUCAAGCAAUUUGCAAAUUCUAUGGGAGGUGGAGGAUCGAGUUUUCAGCCUGGAAAUAUGGGAGGGAGUUUCAAUUUCAAACCAGGCCAGAUGACAGGGAGUAGUGGAAUGUCUGGAAAUUCAGGAUCUGGGUCUGGAACUGGUUUCAACAUGGGAUCAGGUGGUGGAUCUAAUGGUUUCAAUAUAGGAUCAGGAUUCAAUACGGGAUCAGGCAGCGGAUCAGGGUCAGGUUCUGGAGGAUUCAAUAUGGGAUCUGGCAGCGGGUCAGGUUCUGGUGGAUUCAAUAUGGGAUCAGGUAGUGGAUCAGGAUCUGGUUCUGGUGGAUUCAAUAUGGGAUCAGGCAGUGGAUCAGGAUCUGGUUCUUGUGGAUUCAAUAUGGGAUCAGGCAGUGGAUCAGGAUCUGGUUCUGGAGGAUUUAAUAUGGGAUCAGGAUCAGGUGGUUUUAAUAUGGGUUCGGGCGUUUCUUCUGGUUCUAGUAGCGGGUCUGGAACGGGAGGUUUAAAUAUGGGAUCAGGAAGCGGUUCGCUUGGGUCUGCCUCCGGAAGUGGAUCUGGGAAUACUGGUAUGGGAUCUGUGACCAACUCAGGAGGGGCAGCUGUUGGUACCACUGCCGUUAAAUCCGGUGCUACUCAAGCUCCAACGUUAACCAGCAGUUGUUCCCCUUCAGCUGGUAUCUCAGGACAAAAUCCUCCUUCUGGAAGCUGCUUAUGUCUGGCUGGAACUAACGUUGUCGUUCAUGCUAAUGGUGGGAUUAAUGCACAGAAACUGGGUUCAAUAUCGCAACCGAAGUGUGUGACGUAUACCGGAAGCAAGAUCACACCAUGUUUGCACGAUGCAACGACUAAUGACAAAAGAGCGUGGUUCAAAAUAUCCCUAAACGGGCAGGUUGGUUGGAUUGCCGGAGAUUACCUAGCAGUAGCUGAUAGGUCAAGGUGCUCCUCUGGUAGUUCAAGUAGUACUGGUGGAAGUUCAUCUAGCAGUGUUAGUGGUACAUCUACUCCUGGUGGCAGCGGUAAUCAGCAGCAAGCUUCCUCAGGAACUCUGUCUAACUGUUUCCCUGGAGCUGAAAUGAAUGCACUUGAACAGAAGUUGCUACAGUAUGAGAGUCUAAGAACAACAGCAUAUGAUGCUCAGCCAAAAUCAUCUUAUAAGGACUGGACAGUGUGUGUUGGUUUUAAUUUGAAACGCGGUAAUGCAAGAAACGUGUUUGCCAAGGCCUUACCUGGUGUCAGUUUUGAUGCAGUAUACAACGGUCAACCACUGACAAGGGAGCAAUGUAUGAAACUUUUCGCUUAUGACUUGGAUGCAAACUAUGUCUCACAACCGAAAGGCCGAUUUGGAGCAUCAUUCUGCCAGUUACCCCUCAAUGUUAAAAUAGCUAUAGUUAACGCUUAUUAUCGAGGAGAUAUGGGACCAAAAACACAGAGUUUGAUAGCCAAUGGAGAUUGGUGUCACGUGAAGGCAGAGUAUCUGAAUCACGGGGACUAUAUUAACUGUGUGUCUAAAGGUAUCCCUGGUGUUUGUACUAGAAUGGACUGGAAUGCUGACCAGUUUCAGUCAAUGUGCUCUGGCAAAACAUCUAGUUCUAGUUCUUCACCAAUACAAAAUUCUGGUUCCGGUUCAUGCGAUCCAGUUGCCAAAGAAUAUGCUUGCAAGCUAUUACAGCUAUAUAAUACAGGAAAACUAAGUCUUUGGGAUGCUCAUGCAUCUAAAGAGCAUGACAGUGCCUUCUGUAUAAAUAAUAUCCGAGACACCUGCAAUGGAGGAAAAGCUCAAAGAUCAUCAUAUACAUGUUCGGAAUGCCCUAGUGGAGCGCCAGGUGGGUCUGUCUGUCUUAAUCCAAAUCUUUUGAAAUAUGUUUAUGACUUAGGAAGUAGAGGAACAGAAAAGGUCUUAGUUAAUGAGUUUGCUGGUGCCUGCCAUCAUUGUGGUUCUUGGCACUAUGAAGGUAAGGCUGUAGAUUUACAGACCAGCUCCAGGAACCAGGACUAUAUGGACACUUGUAGGAGAUUUGGAGGAACACCAUUAGAUGAACACUCUCAUAUUCACUGCACGAUAAAAAAUUAACAUAAAUAAAAUGAU